AUGAAUUAUAAUUCCUGGUUCCUAAUAGCAACGAUAGUGGCUUCGUCGUUCUUUCUUGGUUCAAGUCUUACCAACAAAUUCUCGUCCACAGUAAUCGUCGAUAAGUCUGGCAAAGGACAAUUCACAACUAUUCAAGAUGCAAUUAACUCCGUUCCUUCAAGAAAUAAUAAAUGGUUUCACAUCGUCGUAAAACCAGGAGUCUACCAUGAGAAGGUAACUAUCAAAUCCACUAAGGAAUACAUAUUUUUAGAGGGGAGUGGAUAUUCUCAAACCACAAUCUCAUGGGAUGAUCAUCAAACUUAUCGUUUCACCCCGACGUUUGGUUUAUUUGCCAAUAAUUUCGUUGCCAAGGACAUAUCAUUCAUGAACUCGUAUAAUAUAAAUCAGAAGACCAAUAUAAAAAGAGCUUUGGCAGCUACAAUAUAUGGAGACCGAGUUGCUUUCUAUAAUUGUGGUUUUUACGGGGUACAAAACACACUUUAUGAUAGUGGGGGUCGUCAUUACUAUAACUCGUGCUACAUUGAAGGUGCGAUUGAUUUUAUUUGGGGAAACGGUGUUUCUCUUUUCGAGAGUUGCAAAAUAAAUGCCACGGCGGGGAACUUGAAUGUUCAGGGAUCCAUUACAGCACAAGGAAGACAAUCAAAACAAUAUACAAAUGCUUUUGUGUUCACUAAAGGUCAUGUUGUUGGAACCGGGCAAGUGUUUCUUGGAAGAGCAUUUGCUCCAUUCUCAAGAGUUAUUUUCUCCGAAAUGACGUUUAGUUCAGUUGUUCAUCCAUUGGGAUGGGAUGCUGGGAAUUUCCGCGGAAAAGAAAAAUAUUUGACCAAUGUGGAGGCUGGUUGCAAAGGGCCAGGGUCCAACACUUCAAAGCGGGCGACUUGGACGAAGAUAAUAGAGAAGCCUAAUAGUGUCUACUUACAACAAUUCACCGUAAAGAAAUUUAUUGAUCAAGAUGGGUGGUUAGCCAAUACUCGUUUUGAUGAAAAGACACCCAUUUAA